UUUGCAUUCCUAAAUAACCCUAACUCUCAUUCAUUUUCAUAAGUUUGUAAAGAAAAGAUUUUGUAUACUUGGAGGAUGGCCCAAAAAAUGUUUCACUCGAACCGCAACCCAACUCGCCUAGCCGCGUGUUUUCUGUUUGGUUUUCCAGCCCCAUGGUCCCUCCUCAUUCCGGCUUCUGUCCGAGUCACACCGUGGCUACCUCUGAUACACCUUUUCCGCCGUCGUGCUCGUUAUUUCCCGGCGGAUCCGGGUGAGUUAUUUUCUACGGAUGAGCCCACGAUACUCUACCAAUCGUUAUAGCCUCGUUUUUCAUUUAAAUUAUUUUCUGUGUAUGCUUCAGCGAUAGGGUUUCUCCCCCCGUUUUUAAUAUAGGGUUGGUUAUACAUAAUUACACAAUAAGUUAGUACCAUAGUAAUUACUUCCUAAGAAGACGUUAUCUUGAUGCAAUUCGUGGUUUUAUAUUAUAGUAUGUGCCUCUCUUUGACUCUUUGUAUCUCUAGGUCCUAAACACAGUGUUUGCAGUCACGGAAUAAGAGGGUGCAUUUGUUAUAGACCUGUCUUGCUGUUUAAGGUUGGACACAUUUGCUUUGGAAGUCAUGGGCAGCACAUUUAAUCCUCAGAUCUUAGUGGAUAAGCUGGCUAAGCUCAACAGUUCACAGCAAAGCAUCGAGACUCUAUCGCAUUGGUGUAUUUUUCACAUGAAUAAAGCAAAACAAGUUGUUGAAACCUGGGAACGCCAAUUUCAUUGUUCCCCACGUGAGCAGCGUUUGGCUUUUCUCUAUCUUGCAAAUGAUAUUCUUCAGAACAGCAGGCGCAAAGGUUCAGAAUUUGUGGGUGAGUUUUGGAAGGUUCUUCCUGGGGCUCUGCGCAAAGUAAUUGAUAGCGGGGAUGAAUUCGGAAGGAAUGCUGCGCUACGGCUGAUUGGUAUUUGGGAGGAUAGAAAAGUAUUUGGCUCUCGUGGACAGAUUCUCAAAGAAGAAUUUGUGGGGAAACAGGGUGAUAGUAGCUGUAGAAUUGAGAAACCCUCUGGAUUCAGAUUGAGGCCGGUUGGAAAUGGACUGGACAAAGUAGUUUCGUGUUAUCAGGUGCUAUAUGGUGGCCAACUAGAUGAGGAUGCUUUACUAACUAGAUGUAGAAAUGCAAUAAACUCAAUUGAGAAAAUCGAUAAGGCAAUUGAAGGUGACCUUAAUUCAGGACACAUUCACGAAUCUGGAUGUGCACAUGAGCUGAAGGAGCAGCAGGAAAUUUUGAAGGAUUGCAUUGAGCAGCUAAUAACUGUUGAAGCAUCUAGAUCAAACCUUGUGUCGCAACUUAGAGACACUCUAAGGGAACAGGAAUGUAAACUAGAUUCAGUCCGCAGUGAACUUCAGGCUGCUCAGUCACGCUCAGAACAAGCGUACAAUAUAGGCAACCGGUUGCAAAAUGGUGAUGACAACAUGCUGACAUUGGGCGAGCAAGGUUGGAGUAGUGGUGGUCCUCCUUUCCCCCCUUCUCAAACGACUCACAACGGAGAGCAAUCAGCUCCUGUAAUGUACACCCGCCAGUUAGAAAAGCCCGCUCUCCACCUUGAGGAAGAAGAUCCCAAGUCUGCAGCAGCAGCAGUUGCUGCCAAGCUGACCGCCUCAACAUCCUCUGCCCAGAUGCUGACCUAUGUCCUCUCUUCUCUUGCGUCAGAGGGCGUAAUUGGAAAUCAAACGAAAGAUUCCACCUGCAACAAUUAUUCUCCUGCUGAGAAGAGGGCAAGACUGGAAGUCGAAUAUGUUCCAAAUGAACAACCUCCUCCCCCGUCAUCUCCCCCGCCACCUAUGCCCCCUCUACCCCCCAUGCAACCCUACCCUCCCUACCUGGAGAACCAGAGUGCAGGUUAUAGUUAUCAACAGGUCCUUCCUCCUAUCAAUGGACUAUUGCCCUUUUCAGCUCCUUCGGGAAAUGUUUUUCAGGUUUAUCAUCCAUCUGAUGGUACUUUCUACGCUCCUCCACAACCGGCCUUGCCGAUGGCCCAUCCGGCAGCCGGCAAUAAGAUGUGAUAGAAGUGUUUGUGUGUGGAGUGUGAGGACAAAUUGACGUUAGGAAUUUGAGGAUGUAUCUGUUUUGUCUUGUCUGACAUAUAUAUACACAUUACACAGACACCCAUUAUUAACUUCUUUUAUACUUACUGAACUGGCGGACAUAGACUAGAAGUAAAUAUUUGUAGCUUGUACUUUGUAUUGUUUUCAUAUUGUUGUACUUGAUAGUUUUUUAAAUGGAAACCGUAAGUCCGUAAUACUCUAUAUAUCCAAAAUAAUUGUAGCCA